AUGCUUUCUUUACAUUGGCUUUUGUUUUUACUUCUUCCGCUGUUUUUCUCCCUAAACUCCGAAGCCAACGACCAGCUAGUUUUCCGCUACCACGAAUGUAACGAUGAUCUCCGUAACUUCAUAGCCGGAAGCCCCUACCAAAACAACCUAGCUGAUGUUCUAAAAGAUAUUUAUUCCAACAGAGAAAUAGACUAUGGAUUCUACAAUUUCUCCAAAGGCGAAAAUCCCGACAAAGUAAACGCAAUCGGAUUCUGCAGAGGAGACGUUAGUUCAAACGAUUGUCGUGACUGCUUGAGAGCAUCCGCCGUACUUCUCACGGAUCGGUGUCGAACACAGAAAGAGGCAAUUGGUUACUACGACAUAUGCACCUUACGAUAUUCGAACACGUCAAUUUUUGGUGCCAUGGAAACUAAAACAAGUGCUUAUUACUUCAUUCAAAACAAGACAGUGGUGGAUGAUGCAUUUAAUCUAACACUUAGGCGGUUGUUAGAUGAACUCAAGAGUACGGCAGCCGAAGGUGAUUGGCGGAAAAAGUUUGGUGAAAAGAGUGUUAAAGUAAAUGAAUCGAAUACUAAUAAUGAGACUAUAUAUGGGCUGGUUCAGUGUACACCAAGCAAAAUUGUACUAAAUGUUUGGAUUCAGUUGAUAAUUUUGGGUGGUGUGUAG